UUAGCAUCUGACACACUCUCUACACAGAAAUGGCAGCUCACUGAAUCUCUAAUUUAUAGAGAGAUACAAAGAAGCCCGAGGAAAUGGUCUGCCUCACUCACAUCGCACCUCUUCUUCCUCUAUCCUCCUCCUUCUCCAGCAUCUCUCUUCCGUCCUCCCGUCAAUUCAAAAGUUUCAGGACUAGAAUGUCUUCUUCCUCCAUCGAUUCCGCUCCUCCUCUUCCUCCGCCGCCGGAUAAUGGCAUCGUCCUUGGUUGCGGUGGGGCCACUGUGGAUUUCCUGGCGACGGUGGAUUCUUAUCCUCAACCGGACGACAAGAUCCGAAGCACUAGCCUCAAGGUGCAAGGAGGGGGAAAUGCUGGAAACGCAUUAACCUGCGCAGCUCGUCUGGGAUUGACUUCGAGGCUGAUUAGUAAAGUAGCAAAUGACUCACAAGGAAAGGGUAUAUUGGAGGAGCUGGAAUCUGAUGGUGUGGAUACUUCCUUUCUUGUGGUCUCUAAAGAGGGCAAUACACCAUUUACGUACAUCAUAGUUGAUAAGCAAACGAAAACGCGUACUUGUAUUCAUACGCCUGGAGAUCCACCCAUGGUACCAAGUGACCUUUCUCAGUCUAGCAUGUUAUCAGCUCUAGACGGAGCAAGCAUCGCAUACUUUGAUGUAAGAUUACACGAAACCGCCUUGGUGAUUGCAAAUGAGGCAAGUCGGAAGAAGAUACCUAUUUUGGUUGAUGCAGAGAAGAAAAGAGAUGGAUUAGAUGAUCUUUUGCAACUCGCCGAUUACGUUGUCUGCACAGCAAAAUUCCCUCAGGCAUGGACAGAAGCGUCUUCGAUUCCAGGUGCGCUUGUUUCCAUGUUGUUGAGAUUGCCGAAGCUGAAGUUUGUGAUCGUGACCUUAGGUGAAGAAGGAUGCUUAAUGAUUCAGAGAACUUCAGAAGAAGCUUCUGAAUCCAAAGAGACGGACAUCGAGAGUUUGGUAGAGACAUUGAAGCAGAGAACAGACUCAACGGCAGCGUUUUCAACAUGUGUUUCAUCGGAGACGACAAAACUGAAGGCCAACGGGAUAGGAACACUGAACGGAAGAUUGUUUCUUGGAACGGCGGAGAAAAUUCCUCCAGAGGAACUCGUUGACACCACCGGUGCAGGCGACGCAUUCAUAGGAGCAGUUCUUUAUGGCAUAUGCGCCGGCAUGCCCCCAGAGAAAAUGUUACCCUUCGCUGCACAAGUGGCGGCUUGCAACUGCCGAGGUUUGGGAGCUCGAACCGGUCUUCCUCACCGUACUGAUCCGCGACUUGUACCCUUUCUGGUUUGACAACUCUAAUGUUUCUAUGUUCCUUUGUCAACUCUACUAUUCUUCCGAGUCACUUGCUCCAUCGCCCACUUUCAUAUAUUUUAAAACUUUCUACUUAGAAAAUAAAUAAAGACUUGGUGUCAAAUUAUGUUCAUAUUUAGGUUUGACUUUGUUUCGUUAUUCUAAACUAAUGCCUAGUAUGUG